AUAUUUUUUAAAAAUGGUGGUGUUCAUGUUGAUGGUGGCGAUUUAUUGACUGAUUUCAUUUAUUUUGAUUUGUAUUUUGUACAUAUAUAGUGUUAAUCGCAUAGCUUUGUGUAGUGGCUGUAGCCAUAUCAUGCUUUCUUAUGUCGGGUUCAGCUAAAACUACAGUGUUGGUCGAGGAGGGUGGCAAUCAAUCCAGAAAACGUUCCUUCUCGCAUGCCAGCAACGAGCAUACCAAGAAGGAUCUAAACACAAAAAAAACAAAAUCAGAAGAUAUGAGUGCAAACGAGAAGAAAUCAAACUUUUCGGUACUAAAUCCGAACUCCAAUGGUGCUGUAAAAACGAGUUCAGCUUCGUCAAUGAGUAAACCAGGAGCGACAACAAAGAAGUUAGUUAUAAAAAACUUCAAAAGCAAGCCAAAUCUUCCCGAAAACUACCAGGAGACAACAUGGAGCAAGUUGAAAGAGGCUGUCAUAGCUAUACAAACCUCCAAGGCUAUUGCCUAUUCAUUAGAAGAAUUGUAUCAGGCUGUUGAAAAUAUGUGCAAACAUAAGAUGGCAUCCCAGCUGUAUGUCAACCUGACUAACCUAGUAGAAGCUCACGUAAAGUCCAACAUAGAGCAAUUUCUGUCAGAGAGUAUGGACCGGCAGGUCUUUCUCAAGAGGAUAGACGACUGCUGGCGCGCGCACUGCCGCCAAAUGAUCAUGAUCAGAAGCAUCUUCCUAUAUCUUGACCGAACAUAUGUACUGCAGAAUCCUAGUAUACAUUCUAUAUGGGACAUGGGCCUGGACCUGUUCCGGCACCACAUCGCCAUGAACACGCUGAUCCAGACGCGCACCGUGGACGGACUGCUUUUGCUGAUCGAGCGCGAGCGCGGCGGCGACUCGGUGGACAUCUCGCUGCUCAAGAGCCUGCUCCGCAUGCUGUCCGACCUGCAGAUCUACCAGGACGCCUUCGAGCACAAAUUCCUCCUGGCAACAGAGAGGCUGUAUGCGGCGGAAGGACAGCGGUUGAUGCGCGAGUUGGCCGUGCCGCAAUACCUGGCACACGUUGAGAAACGGCUAAGAGAGGAAAAUGAACGCUUGCUACAUUAUCUGGAUCCCUGUACAAAGUGGCAAUUGAUCCACACAAUCGAGCGCCAACUCCUCAGCGAGCACCUGGCGGGCAUCCUCAGCAAGGGUCUGGAGUCGCUGAUGGAUGGGCCUCGCCAGCAAGACCUCACCACACUGUACAGCUUGUUCAGCCGUGUGAAGGACGGCCUCAACGAACUGUGCAACCACUUCAAUGCUUACAUCAAGAAAAAAGGUCGCACGAUAGUAAUCGAGCCAGAGCGCGAUAAGACCAUGGUGGCAGAGUUGCUGGAAUUCAAGGAGCAACUGGACAAUGUGGUGACUGCGUGCUUCCAGCGCAACGACCGCUUCCUGUACUCCAUCCGCGAGGCCUUCGAGCACUUCAUCAACCAGCGACAGAACAAGCCUGCCGAACUCAUAGCUAAAUUCGUCGACCUCAAACUCCGAGCCGGCAACAAGGAGGCGACAGAAGAAGAACUAGAAAGACUCCUGGACAAGAUAAUGGUUUUGUUCCGUUUCAUACACGGCAAGGAUGUAUUCGAAGCGUUCUACAAGAAGGACUUAGCUAAAAGGCUACUAGUGGGCAAAUCUGCGUCGGUGGACGCCGAGAAGUCGAUGCUUAGUAAAUUAAAACAGGAGUGCGGAGGCGGCUUUACCUGCAAGCUGGAGGGCAUGUUCAAGGAUAUGGAACUGUCCAAAGACAUCAAUAUUACUUAUAAGCAGCACUUAGCGGCAAGUCAGGAGACCGUCGGUCUUGAGCUGUCGGUGUACAUCCUUACAAUGGGCUUCUGGCCUACAUACCCCCCGGUCGAGGUCCGGUUGCCGGCGGAACUGACCCGACAUCAGGACCACUUCGCCAAGUUCUACCUGGCCAAGCACUCGGGCAGGAAGUUGCAGUGGCAAGCCACACUGGGGCACUGUGUACUUAGGGCGCACUUUGCACAGGGUAACAAAGAGCUACAAGUAUCGUUAUUCCAAGCCCUCGUCCUUCUAUUAUUUAAUGACGGGGACAAUCUCUCCUUUGAAGACAUCAAAACAGCUACGAAUAUAGAGGAAGGCGAGCUGCGUCGGACCUUGCAGUCGCUGGCGUGCGGUAAAGCGCGCGUGGUGACGAAGACGCCGAAGGGCCGCGACGUGCAGGACCGCGACCAGUUCGCCUUCAACGCGGACUUCACCAACAAGCUGUUCCGCAUCAAGAUCAACCAGAUCCAGAUGAAGGAGACGAGUGAAGAGCAAAAGGCGACUGAGGAGCGCGUGUUCCAAGACCGGCAGUACCAGAUCGACGCGGCCAUCGUUCGCGUCAUGAAGAUGCGCAAGACUCUCUGCCACAACCUGCUCAUCUCGGAGCUGUACAACCAGCUCAAGUUCCCCGUCAAGCCAGCGGACCUCAAGAAGCGCAUAGAGUCGCUAAUCGACAGAGACUACAUGGAACGCGAUAAGGAAAACCCCAACCAAUACAACUACGUCGCGUAAUACUCAGCAGCGUAUAAACUAUUCCCAACAAACGCGCCGCGUCGCAUCGCAUCGCACCGCACCGCAUCGCAAUCCGCAUGCAAUGAAGGAAAUCAAAUGCGUCCCCACAGAAUUAAAGUCCAUAUUAGCUCUCAAUGCAUACACCAAGACUUGCCCGAGAGUUUUCCGCAAUGUUAUCAACGUCAACCAAUAUAUACUCGGCCAAAGUGGUGAACGAUGGCCUAAACCCUUCUCAUAUAAGAAUUGCAGCUCGCAAACGAAGAAACGCAUGCGCGUAACAAUUACGUCAUUGUAAAAUGGAUUUAAUGUCUAUCAUAUUAGAAUCGCAAAUUAUGCGCUACUAAUUUUUAUUUUUAUUUUACAAACGUUAUGCCAAACUUUCUAGUUGUAGAAUUGUGAGCAAAUUUGAGCAAUAUAACCAUAGAAAUAAAUUUUAUUUUACUCUUGACAGUUUCGAUUCGUUUCUUGACAGCUCGGAAACAAUAUCACGAUUGCGAGCGGGCUUAUCCUACUAAGGGUAUUGGCUGGUUAUAAUGAUGCAUGUACCAGGAAAACUGUCUGGUGCAAUCGUAUGCCGCCGCGUGCUUUUGAUUCCAUCUCUCUCUGCUACCAUCGGAGAGGGGCGGAUUGUGAAAUUUUCUACCCACGUUUCCGAUGGAGAAAAUUUAAUGAACUGCGACAGCAUGCACCAAUGCAAGUCAAGGCCAUCCGAGUGCCAAGUGUGAGUUAAGUGCAAUUUAGAUGGUAUAAAAUGAGCGCCAUCUAGUGACAAGCCUGUUUCCCAAUAUUGUAACUAUACGGCGCUCCUUCGAUACCAUGUAAGUUGUAGUUAACUUUCACGCUAUCGAAUGAUUAUGCGUAGGUAGAGAACCUCACAUUUGGCACUCGGAUGGCCUUGACUUAGAUUAAUCAAAAGACUGCGAAUAGAUGCGGAAGCAUGCUGCGGUAUUCGGGUGUAUGCUCUUGCAUUCCUUUGAAUUUUCUCCAUCAUGCGGGUGCAUGCGACUCCACGCGAUUCCAUGCGACGCGUUUGAACUGAAUCGUACUUAAGGGUGCAUUGCCACACAUCAGUUUCGCCGUCGGUCAGCGGCGACAAGCAGCUCACUACCAUCGCAUAAAGCAGUUUAAUUUUCAAAAGACAGUUUUAUAUAACGAGGGUACCUUGACGUGUCUGAAAUAAGACUAUAACACUGAAACAAGAGCGUAAAAUAAUACUGCUCUUGCGAUCGUAGUAAGUCCGCUUAUGGUCGCCCAUUUAUAGUGUUCGACUUAAAAAAAAAAUUCGCUUAGCUAACAAUAGUGCUGAGUAGUUAAAUACGCGUCGGAUGCUAACUAACUAACUUUUAGUAUCCAACUACCAAACAGUGAAAGUGCACUAACAAACAGUGAUCUUGUAUUGUAGACAUGUAUACUCUAAUUACUACUUAAAUUCCAUUUUUUUUUUAAAUUGUCUUAUUAUGUAAACAGUUACUUUUUGAUGUAAAGAUCAUUUUGAAAAUAUGGAAAAACGAUAAAAGCAUACAUUCAUAAAGAAUAUAUGUUUUUAUUUUUUUUGAUUUUUUAUUUAUUUCAACAUACAUAUUUGUUUUUCUUCUAUUUUUAAAACACACUUUACAAUAAAAAGUAACGAAACGAUUGUAUACAUAAUAACAUAACAAGUUAGAAAAAAUGGAGUAUAGGUUGUUAUAACGUUUAUAUGCUCUCAAAGCGCACGCCGAAGCACCCGGCGCUGGGGGGGUUUCUUACAGGAGUGGGGAAAAGGACAGAUUCCACAAAUUCCAAUUUUAUUUAUUUAUUUCAAGUAGUUUAUAAGCACUUUUGAAACGUCAAGUCAGUUAGAAGGAAGAUUCUACCGAGAAGAAGAAACGGAGUUUAACUUUAAGGUGACUGGUCCACGAAACUGGAUGUGUGGGAAUGAACCCUAAUUCGAGAUUGUAGCUUUAUUGUUUUCUUUAAAGUAACGACAUCUAGUAAAUUUGAGGGUAGACAGAUAACCAAAUUGUAAAUUCCAAUUUUAUGAGCCUUAAUAUAACGUCUUAUAAUAAUACAUACUAGCAAUAAUAUGAAGCUAGCUUUAAUAGCCUUUACACACAACGACAUUUUCUCUCGCCGCAUAUUGUUUUGUUGAACAUAUACAAAAGUUAGUAUUACCUUUCCAUUCAUAUUAACAUGGCGAAGGAGUCAAAUAAAACUUAAUGUUUAUGUAAUCAAAACUGUACACAAGUUUAACAAAAAUAGCUUCAGUUAUUGAACUGUCUUAAAACAUAAACAUUCAUCUAUUUAGCUCUGUUUAAAAUCCUACUGUCGCAAUUCAACUAUACGUGAAAGUGUAUCAGUGUGUAAAGACUAAACUAAUUCAAGCUAAGAUGCAAAACACACUAGCAACUUAACGUGUGAUAUUAGACGAUGACCCUCCUGAAGAUACUCCCUCCUCCAUCAUACCUGUUCAAGUUUUCACGCUCAAUUUUCAGGGUCCUUAUUCUAUAUUAUCUUUUAAUCACAUCAUGACAAUUUAUACCACAAUAUGACUUAAAAAUAUACAGUUUGUAUACAAAGUUGCCAAAGUUGUAGUAUGUUUCAAAAUUCAUAUAAAUUAAGAGUUUCAUUACCAGUAGAAUUCGUCUUGCCUUGUUUGAAGUUUGUGAAUAAUAAUCGGUAGUAAGAAAUAUAGGACUACUCGAUAAAUAGGGCACUUAAUAGGACCCUAACUAGUGCUACAGAAAUAGUGUACACUAGCUGUAAUUACAUUCCACUAAUUUAGGGCACUAAUUCAGUUAGGGCCCUAAAUUCGUGAAUAAUAUUUGACGGGUAAGGCGCCAUAUAUUAAAGAAUAUCUGACGAACUAAAUAAUUGAUUAACCUACAAGUACAAGACAGUUUUAAGUUAAGAUUUUGUUUUGUAUUUUAUUGUACAUUCUAUUAUUCUUCAUUAUUUAUAAACAGUCACGUCAUCGACAAAUUCCGAUCAGUGUUGAGAAAAUAUAAUUCUGUAAACGUUAAGAAGUCUUCCCCACACGAAUUUUACGUUAGGCCGACGCGUCUAGUUGACUGAAAUCUUUUACUUACACUACGCCAUGUCCUCCCACCUAAAGGAUCAUUCCCACAUAUCAGUCUCAUCACCUGAUAGAUAUCGAAUACUAAAUAUUGGAUAGAAGCAGGCGUUACUUAGCGGAAUUCCGUGCGAUGAACCUUAAGCUUACUUAGCUACACUCUGCGCAAAGCAGGAGAAUCUGUGUGUCUGUAUUUAUAAUUUGUUCAAUCUACAUUCCACACCAAACUAAGUGUAUUGCCGUGUCUGGGAACGAUAUUUCACAUUACAAAACGAUAUUCUAAUAAGUCGCUGAUAGGCGACGUGACUGAUGUGUUAGAAUGAACCUUUAGUUACUAAAAGUUUCGCUUUGUUUGCCGUGGUAUUAGUUGUAAGAUUUAAAUGUUACUUUGCUAUAUUGAUCCUUGUUGUGUUCACUUCGGGGGGUCACCAGUAAAAAAUAAACUAUUUAUAAUUUUCAA